AUUUCGUGGUUGAUGCAACAAGGAAGGGGAAUAAGAUCCGCUUUGCAAAUCACUCCAUUAAUCCGAACUGUUAUGCAAAAGUCAUGAUGGUUAAUGGUGACCAUCGCAUUGGCAUAUUUGCAAAAAGACAUAUACAGUCUGGAGAGGAACUGUUCUUUGACUACAGAUACGGACCAACAGAACAGCUAAAAUUUGUCGGCAUAGAAAGGGAAAUGGAGUUCCUUUAAUGAUGGCCAAUAAUCUAAAUCUUUACGUACCUAAGGUGAAAAAAGAAAAUCACUGUUAUUUAAGCCAUAUCACUGUUUUG